CCGUGAGCUCGGUGUACAGAAACUCAGCUCUGUGUCUGCAUUCCUUCCCUCAUCAAAGCCUGCCUAAAAGGAAAGGAGGGGGGAUCAUAAAUUAUAGCUAACAUGGUAAAAUAGGAGCGGUUUCGAAUUGCAAUCCAUGGACGGAUAAUCUCAGGAAUUAACGACAGAUUUGAGGACACGCGUUAUUGCAUUUCUCUCUUCGAUGCCUUGUAGGCAGUGAAAACAAGAGGCUUAAUUUAGCCAGAGACGUUUCUUUUUCUUUUAUCUUUUUUUUUUUGAAAGAGGAACGCAAGAUGGCAGAUGACAGGACCAAAUAAGAAGGACAGAACGGUAUCGUUCCCUUAAAAAUGUAAAGGAUUGCACAGAAAUUUCAGAUGCAUUUCUGAACUAUACACCUAACUAGCUAUCUGGUUGCCUCGACUUCACAUUUUUUCCCUCUCGCUGGCUACAAAUAACGUUAAAAGGAAAUGCGCUUUGCUUCCUCAUAGUACGACACGGGCUAUUAAAGUAGGUUAAAGCUUUUGAGACCAUUAGCUAGCCUGCUGCAUCUGUUAAGCGGUCCCGUUCGAGCUGUGAUGGUGUGCACAGACCAGAUUGCUUGUGUACACCUUUUUUGUGUUCCGAUUUGAAAGGAGAAGUGAAAAGACUGGCCCGUUUAGUUAUCUUUAAUUUGAAACACAUGACGUGUCAAUACGUUCAAGUCAGUGCAUGGUUUCUGUGCAUUUCUUCGUUGUAGUAAUAGGGAUUUUUAGAUAGAUAGACAGAUAUCCGUGUAGGCUGGUGUGCGCGUAUCUACAUAUGUUAACCGAGCUUGCUAACGCCACCUAGCUAAGUUAGUUAGCUACGAUAGCUAGGAAUUUAUCAUAAAAUAGCUAGCAACCUUACUGACUGUUCAUCUUACCUAAUCUGUUAUUUUCACUAAAUGAAAGUAAGAUGGCUAUCAUAGCCAAUAGGCUAUAGAUUUUUAUUGUCUUGCUAGUCCAAUUAGAUGAUAUAGCUAUCUUAGCUCGCUACGUCACGUCGUUUUAACGGACAGUGCAACCCGUCAUUAGUGUAUAUAUACUAUAUCCUACGGUUUUCCUCAUUAAUAGCUAUAACUAUAUACUACAGACUUCUCAACCGUUUACUUUCAAGUUGAAUGCAAAUUGAAUGUACGCAAUAAAAUUCUUACAACCGUGCCAUUAGCGAUUCACAAGCCUAACUUGAGCCACCCUCAAAAGGCCCAUCAACGUGUCUUAACACAGCAGACGAGAGACUGAUGAGAUAUCAUUCAGAUGUGUGAACAGACUAACGUACUGGUUGACGUUUUUAAAAAGGUCUGGUAGGAGUCACUGUAGCACAGACAGCAUUGAUUAUGCCUUGUUGACAUUUAGAAGCACAAUGUAGCUAGGUAGUUGUGUUUAUUCGGCAAUAAUAAACUCCCUAGGUUUCUACACUUGGCACUCAAGAAUGAAUAAGUAGUUGGGUGAUAUAAUAUGGCAUCAAAUGUACUGCAUAAUCGCUGCAGUACAAUAGCUGUGCUUUAGCCUAUUUUUACGUCUCCGGAGCAAACUUCAUUGUGAUUUUGAGCCUAUGAAAGUAGGCCUUGUGACUUCCCGUUGUACAGUUUUUGUGCAGUAGAACAGGUUCUGUCUGCAUGGGUUUAAAGGAAUUGCAAGUUCACGUUUGUACCUCUCAGAACUUAUCCGACUAUAUUUUUUAUAUGCGCACUUAAAAAUUUAGGUAAAGUUGAAAAGAGCUGAAAUGGCAGACAACUGGAAAAACUGUCUUGAAGAAGAGCUCAUAUGUCCAAUUUGUUUGCAUGUGUUUUCGGAGCCGGUUCAGCUGCCAUGCAAACACAACUUUUGCCGCGUUUGUAUAAACGAAGCUUGGGCCAAGGAUGUGUCAAUGGUUCGAUGCCCGGAGUGCAACAAUGCCUACAGCCAGAAACCAACUCUGGAGAAAAACCACAAACUGUCAAAUAUAGUAGAGAAGUUUAAUGCGUUGAACGUAGAGAAGACUCCUACAGUAUUGCAGUGCAUCCUCUGUCGCCGGGGACCACCACUUCCCGCACAAAAGAUAUGCCUCAGGUGUAAUGCACCUUGCUGUCAUUCCCACGUUCAGACUCAUCUUCAGCAACCCUCUUCCAACGCUGGGCACUUAUUAGUAGAUGCCGCCGAUGCGCGAGCCUGGAGCUGCCCGCAGCAUGACGAGUACAGACUGUAUCACUGCGAGACGGAGCAUGUGGCGGUGUGCCAAUACUGCUGCUUCUCCAGAUGUGCUGUCAACCAUGGACAUGCGGUCUGCGAUGUGGAGGUUCGGCGCAAUGAUAUCAGGCAAACGUUAAUGAAGCAGCAGGACCGGAUUGAGGACCGGGUCCAGGACAUAGAAGAGCAGAUUUACAAGCUUGAGUCAGACAAAUGUCUUGUUGAGGACAAUGUGCAGCGGCUCAAAGAAGAAGUUCAGUUGCACUACCAGAAGAUGCAACAGCUCCUGGAAGAAGACCUGGGGAAGACGCUGGAUGUGCUGGAUCAGGCCCACUCCAAGUUCUGCCAAGAGAACUCCACACAGUCCCUACAGCUCAACCAGAAGCGGCAGGAGGCCAAGAAACUUCUCAGUUCUAUACAGAUGGUCUUUGAUAAGGCAGAAGAUAUUAAAUUCAUGAGGAAUACAAAGUCUGUGAAAAUAUUAAUGGAUAGGUCUCAGUCAUGUGUUGGCAGUACUCUUCCACCUUACAAAGUGGGCAGUCUCAAUUCUAAGCUGUUUCUCUCAGAGAUCUCAAAGAGAGAGAAAAACCUUUGCAAAAUGCUUGAAGCACCUUUUAGUGCUCCUGCAAACUUCUUCCAGACUAUUCCAGCAUAUGUGUGCGCUGAGAAGCGCAGACACACUGCGGCAUUCGCAGACAGCGCUGGCAGCAGCAGGACUGGCUCCAGCUUUAUGGAGUCCUCGUCCUCCUCAGUCACUGGAUCGAAACAGCCUUGCCCGGGUCUCGCUCCAGGAUCUGCCCCUGGUGAGGGUCAGUCCUCACAGCCAGCUCUAGGGCCUUGCACCUCAGCCCAGCAUGUGGGAAGCACCAGCACUGCAACUGGCUCUCAGCCCACACGCCAUUCCAGCUCCGUGUUUCCACAUUCUCAUUACCCCAACAGCAGCACCUCACAGCUGCCCCAGUAUGGAGGGAGGAAGAUUCUGAUGUGCACGGUAGAUAACUGCUACUGCUCAGGGGUGCCGUCUGUGUCUAACCACAGGGGGCACGCGCCCUACCCUCGAUCUGGCUCCUUCCCUUGGCCAGUGAGCUCACAGGAGUACUCUCACCCUCCUCUUCCCUCCACACCGGCCAUGUCUCAGUCCCUACAGAGCCUGUCCAUGCGUGAUUGGAUAGACGCCUCACAACCACACAGACACCCUGACUUCUAUGGCCUCUAUGGGCAGUCUUCCACCAAGCAUUAUGUCACCAGUUAACCCUUGCUCCGGUGACUGCUGUCAGUCACAGGAUAGAUUAUGCUUAUCAGUUACGGAAUGUCAUGACGUGAGUGAGUGAGAAUUUUUGUACAUAAAUCGAAUCAGUCAUUUAAUGUUACUUAGGUAGACUGUGUAAUUCUUUUAAAGACUGAAACAAGUAAAUAUUACAAAGUGAAGCAUAACUUUGCACAUUACCUAGGAGCAAAUGAUGUUGCAUCAUCUUAAGUUACUUCUUAAUACAACAGAAUAAAACUGAACAUUUGCAAAAUGAAAGAGACAAAACAGUAUGAGUAGUUGUUAAUCAUAAGUAAUGUUGGCACUUUGUGAAUUCCAGAUCAUUUUAAAAAAAAGUUUUACUAUUUUUAAGUCAGCAUAGCUCUUAAAAUAUACUGUCAACAAAAAUGUUCCUUCUUACUGUUGAAAGUAUAGCCCACUAUAUUUUAUUUGACAACAUAAGUAAGUCUUUGUUAUCACUGAGAAGAUCCUUGUAAGAGCAACAUGUUUUUAUUUUCACAGUCUUGUGUAUUUCUGCCUCCUUGGGCAAAGGUUGGACUAUUCUCUGCAAUUUUUGUAAGAGAAAGCUAUACUUACUUGCUAUAGGUUAACUGUAUUUGUAACAGGAAAUUUUUGUAGUUUUUGAUGGACUCGAAAGGGAAUUUUGAUGAUGCAAUAUUAUUUUCUUUAUUACCAUUGUAUGUACUGCCCUAUUGAGAGAUUCUCUCAGUGCCCCGUUGUCUUGUGCUCCUUUGGUGCAGCUGUGACUAGAAUUCCAGGCCUUGACCAGCUGACCAGCUGCCCAGCAAGGUUCCACCAGACAGCCCUGCCUCGCCCCCUUAAAAAGUCACAUUAUCUGCCCUUUAAGUGAAACCCAGAUGUACAUUAUUUUGUUGCUCAUGUCAAUAUUUGAUAUUUUGGUUGUGGUUUUAACCAUAGAUUUUUAUUUUUUAUUUUUUAUUUUUUGAUCUGAUGGUGAAAAGCAAACUGCAUUCUAAAGUUUGAACUCUAUUACAUGUCUCAGCAUUUAUUAUAACGCUGUAAUUAUUUCUCCUUAUUCUUGUCACUUCUGGCACCAAACAUGAGUAUAUGGCUUCCUGUUUGUUACUGAUUGCAUGUGGGAACAAGUUUACUCGUAGCAAAGUAAUGAAACUGCAAGAAAUUUAAAAUGACUUCUGAAACAGGGAAUGAAAAUGUAAUAAAAAAAUUAAGAUCUUAAGUAAUGGCAAGCACUGACCAAUGAAUCUAAAGGUGAGAAACCUUUUUCUUGUUUGCUUUUAUUUCAGUUUUUGUUUUGUAAAUAUUUUGUGAAACUAAAACAGGACUUGUCCCAAAUAAAC